AUGUUUUAUAAAGUUGAGAGACAAUUACUGACUGACAACUGUAUUAUCUUUCCACAGGAAGCUGAGUUUGCUGCAGAGCAGGUUGACCUAUAUGACGAUGUCUUGGCAGUGGCCUCUCUUGGGUCAUCUCAUCCAGAUGGGAAGAGCAAUGUUCCGGAGCCCACCUCCCCUAUACAGGCUACCUCUGCCAAAUCAAACAACAAGUCGCCCGCCAUUUUGUACACCUACAACAAUGUGCGCAAGAAGGCUUCUGUAUAUAUUGGAAACUUUUCAUGGUGGACAACAGAUCAGCAGCUCAUUGCUGCCAUCCGGUCCCUUGGUAUCCGUGAUCCUAUUGAAGUGAAAUUUGCAGAGAACCGUGCAAAUGGCCAGUCCAAAGGGUAUGCAGAAGUGGUGGUUUCCUCAGAAACAUCUGCAAACCAGAUCUUGGAACAGUUGCCUCUCAAGAAGAUAAAUGGGGAGAAGCCUGAUGUUCGACCAGCAAACCGCCAGAGCCUUUCCUUUUUUGAAGAUUUGGCGCGAAAGAAAAUUCCUCCCAGAGUUAGUUCAAAGGGAUCUGUGGACUCAGCAGAUUGUUCUUCAAACUUCAAUGACUCUGCUGCUUCAUCACCACACCCAGAGACUCCUAAAAACAUAGUGCCGUACUUUGCACGGCCUCCUUUCAUGGAAAGCCCUUCCCGCAUCCCUGUCAUGACUCUGCCGAGACCUCCUAUAUCUGUUCCACCUCCUCCUUCACCUUCAAUGCCUCCUACAUACCGUGCUCCUCCAAUUCCUCCUCUGCACUAUCCGCACCUCAUGCCUCCUCCACCAAGGCUGCCACCUCUCUUAGGUAUGCCUCCCCCAACUGGUGUGCCUCCUGCUCUUCAUCUAAACCCUGCUUUCUUCCCACCUCCGAGUUCUGUGCUAGGACCCCCACCUGAUCCCUUCAAGUUGAUUCCUAACCCCUACGGACCAGGAAGUUACAGGGACAUGAAACACCAGCAGCCCCCAGUCAGUGAGGCAGAGUUUGAGGAGUUAAUGAACAGAAAUAGGGCUAUUUCGAGGAGUGCACUUUCCAAUGCUGUGUGUACGGCAUCAUCGGGGGAUUAUACAAGUGCCAUGAAAACAUUAGAAACAGCAAUAGCUGUUAUCAAGGAAUCUCGUGUAGCCAAUGAUGAUAGAUGUCGUGUACUACUGACAUCUCUCCGAGACUGUCUGCAUGGGAUACAAGACAAGGCCAACUCUUCCAGGUACUGA